GGAGAGGACACUCGUGGACAGGGAGGCGGAGGUGCCGCGGGAGAGCCCGAGGGCGACGUAGCCCGGCGCCUGUAGGGCAGGCAGGGGCUGCGGCUGCCGGACAGCGAGGAACCGGGAAGACGGCCGCCCUCGGAGCCGGAGACGCCAGGCGCGCGGCGGGUAGGCGCGCCGAGGCCGGAGGCGGGCUCCACGCCCCUUUCGAAUCCCCGAGCGGGGCUGAUGACGAACACAGGGCGCGACGGCGCACACACCGCCCCGCGCUCGCACGACGGUGCGUGCAGGGAGCGCGAGGGAGCCCCGGGCCGUCACCGGCGCGACCAGCGUUCCGCCUCCUCCGCUCCCUGCGCUCCCGCCACCUCGGCGGCUCGGCGCCCGCCUCCCGCCUCCGUCCGAAGCCUCCGCCGCAGCGAGGCUCCCGACCUCGCUCCUGUCUCUUUAAAUGGUGGGGCCAACGGGCCGCCCCUGCAGCUGCUGCCUGGGUGGCCCCGCGCGCCGCUAUUGAGGGGCGAACCAAGAUGGCGGCGGCUUUGGCUGUGUGAGGAAGACGGAAGAGGCGGCGGCGGCGGCGGCCAAGGGAAAGGGACUUCCAGGAGGCAGGAGCGCUUGUGCGCCUGGGGGCUCUCGCAGUCUCCUGCGCAGUGGUAGCAGUUGCAGGAAGAGCAGACGCCCCUCGGCUUGGGACGUUUGAAGCAGAGGAGCGGAGCGGAGCCACUGGCUGCGGUGGCAG